CCGUCUUCCUGUUCCAAACCACGUGGGCGCGCUGGGCACUGCCGCGGGGUCUCAGCGGCGCCGCGAUCGCAGCAGCGCUCAGGGGGCGGCCGGGCGGCGGCAUGGCGAGCCAGCCGCACUCUCUCAGCUACGUGGGGUGCAACUUUUUGCGGCAGCGGCUGGUGCUGUCCACGCUGAGCGGGAGGCCGGUGAAAAUCCGCAAGAUCCGGGCGAAGGAGGAGAACCCCGGCCUCAGAGAUUUUGAAGCAAGUUUUAUACGACUGAUUGACAAAGUGACCAAUGGCUCUAGGAUUGAGAUAAACCAAACAGGUACCACCCUAUAUUAUCAGCCUGGCCUUCUGUACGGGGGGGUGUUGGAACACGACUGCAGUCCCCAUCGUAGUAUUGGCUAUUAUUUGGAAAGUCUGCUCUGCUUGGCGCCUUUCAUGAAACAUCCAUUAAGAAUCGUCCUCAGGGGAGUAACAAACGAUCAAGUAGACCCUUCAGUGGAUGUACUUAAGGCAACAGCUCUGCCUUUGCUGAAAAAAUUUGGAAUCGAUGGUGAAGGUUUUGAAUUGAAGAUAACUAGAAGAGGAAUGCCCCCCAAAGGAGGUGGGGAGGUGACAUUUGCCUGUCCAGUUAGGAAAGUCUUGCGACCCAUUCAGUCCAUAGACCCUGGCAAAAUCAAACGGAUCAGAGGAACAGCGUAUUCUGUCAGAGUGUCGCCACAGAUAGCAAACAGAAUCGUGGAUUCAGCGAGAAGCAUCCUGAAUAAGUUUAUACCAGAUAUUUAUAUCUACACAGAUCACAUGAAGGGGACCAGUUCUGGAAAGUCUCCAGGUUUUGGCCUGUCCCUUGUCGCAGAAACCACCAAUGGCACUUUUCUGGGUGCUGAACUGACAUCUAAUCCCCAGGGCCAGGGAACUGCUGUACUCCCGGAAGAGCUCGGCCUGAACUGUGCAAAGCUGCUGCUUGAGGAGAUUUACAGAGGAGGCUGUGUGGAUUCAACAAACCAGAGCCUAGUUCUGCUCCUCAUGACCCUUGGACAGCAGGAUGUUUCCAAAGUCCUACUAGGACCUCUGUCUCCGUACACAAUUGAGUUUCUGCGACAUUUGAGAAGCUUCUUCCAGAUUAUGUUCAAAAUUGAAACCAAGCCAUCUCAUGAAGAGCUCCAGGGUGGAGAGAAAGUCUUAAUGACGUGUGUUGGCAUUGGAUUUUCCAACCUUAGCAAGACAAUCAAAUGAUAAAAUAUCGGCAGCUUUUACGAAAAUGUGACGUCAAAACGAGUACAGCAGAGAUGUGGUUUAGCAUCUUACAUACAACAUGGUUGAGCCUCUUCUCCUUCUUUUCCUCCCAGACUAACGUGGUGGUUGCUGUAUGCAACUGUCUUUAAAAGUAUUGACAGUUUUACAUUUUUAUGGAGGAGUUAAGGAAGGAGA